AUGUCGGCCUCGUCAUCGUCAUCGUACAUGCAUGCGGCGGUCGCCUUCAACAAAGUGGCUGGGACACUGUCGCUGCAUACGGACGAGACGGUGCAGUGGGUACCGUCGUCUGCGUCGUCGGGCGUGUCAGGCUUCCACCUCAAGUUUUGCGACAUUGCCGGGCUGCAGACGUCGAAAGCUGGUGCGGCUCAGAUUGCGCUCAUGCUUGUGCUGGCGAAUGCGGUUCAGAUCGCUUCCAAGUCCAAGGUGCUGCUCGUGUUUAAUGCGGCGCAGCAGACAGCGCUCGAGGAUCGCGAAAGGUUCAAGACCGAGCUGGCCGCAGCAGUCGGUAGGAAUAGGGCCAGCAUGGAUGGUGCGUCCGGGGGAGCCACACCGUCUUCACUACCGGGUAGUCCGGCACAGGCUUGUUCUCCGGCUGCGACUGCAACUGCGACUGCGACUGCUGCGACUCGCGGUGCAACGCCAGAUACGCGAGCUGCUACACCGUCGCGCAUCGCUCCGCCGGCAUCUGCCAAGCAGCCCAGGCUCAACGACACAGCUCGGCGCAAGACCGAGAUUGAACUUCGGAUCAGCGUGAUCAAAUCGAAUGCGUCACUUCGAGCACUGCACAAGGACAUUGUCAUCUCGGGAGAGAUGUCGGAUGCUGAAUUCUGGUCGCAUCCGCAACGGCAGCGACUCGUGCGCGCCGAGCGUGCCAAGCUGGAACAGCGUGCCGGACGCAACGCUCGACUCGCCGAUCCGAAACCGACCCCGAAUGAAGCGGGCGAGCUGAAGCUGAGCAUCACACCGGAGCUGAUCCGCGAUCUGUUUGAACAGUUCCCCAUUGUAGCUCGAGCGUACCAAGACAACGUGCCGUCCAAGCUGGACCAGGCGUCGUUCUGGACGAGAUACUUCCAGUCCAAGCUGUACCAUCGCUUAAGGACCAGUGCGCGAUCCGCGGCUUCCGAGCACAUUGUGCACGACGAUGCCAUCUUUGAUGCAUACCUCGAGGACGAGGAUAACGAGUUGCAGCCCAGACGCGAGUUCAACCCGCACGAUCGCUUGUUGGAUCUGCAAGCGACCGAGGAGGAUCACGCCGAGACGGGGAAUGAGAAGGACUGGACCAUGCGCGCCGGAGCCGAGCGCAGGACGUUGCCGUUGAUGCGCCGCUUCAACGACCAUUCGCAGUCCUUGUUGGAUUCAGCGUUGGGCGAACAAGAGCGAGGCCAGAGCAAGCGCAGGAUCGUCGGGGGUGUUGGCGACGAGUACCCCACUGCCACUCAUUCAGCACGCCAGGGUGAUGCCAACUCUGCCCAGCACACUUCAAGCGCACAUGAUGCUGACCAAGUCGACGAUUCUGUGGAUUGGAUCAAGAAGCACUACUACCGGGAAAUCGUGAUUGACGACCUCAAUGAUUCGGUUGCGACCGACAAGGUUCGACUGAACAUGGCGGAUCUCGAGGGGUAUUUUUCGACUACUGUGCAGGGUGGAGAUGAAGCGGUGUCUAGUGUGAGGUUGAAUGGAGCAGAGGAUGAGAAGGCGGUCUUGACCAUGCACGAGUAUGUGGCGGUGGUGCACAAAUUUACGCAGACGAUGCGUGCGUGGGGGGGAGUGCAGUUGGGCGGGUUUCGGCCUAGUGCGCAGGCGACAGAGGCGUGUAUGAUGCGGAUCAUGCAGAACUUGCGAUCGCGCACACGUCCUGCUCAGACCAGUCACACGAGUGUGGUACCUGAUCAAGUGUUCAAGUCUGUCAUCAGCCUGCAAGCCAGUACGACCGAGUUCCUCCGUCAGUUCUGGAACGCUAUUGCUCCACAACCCGACAUGUCCGACCAUCCUCCACACCGACCAUCGCACAACGAUCCAUCCAUCCAAGAUCGCUUGCUCACAGCCAAGAAAAUGGCACUCAAUCUAGCCAACUUCCACACGAAACUCGAUGCCAUCUUUCCACCAUCACACCCAGAUGCCGACGACGUAUUGCACAACAUCGACGCUUUACUAGCUCCCACGAAAAACGCCGUCCAUAUCGCCCUCACAAUCGCCCGCCGUAGAGCCAUGAUUUGA